AUGGCUUCCAUAUCUUAUCUUUCUUUCGUGUCUUCAGUCAAUAAUGUCUCUCCCAACUCCAUCACUCCCCCUUCUUCCUUGCAUCCAUUUUCACCAUUCCAAUCGGCUAAUAUGAGAAAACCAAAACGCCAUCACGUUCAUAGAGUGACAUGCGUUGGAAAUCAAAAUAAUCAAACACCAAACCCUUCUGAAGAAGAACUGCCCCAUAUUGUAGGACACAGGAGGAACGUUCUACUUGGCCUAGGAGGGCUUUGUGGUGCCGUUACUCUGAAUAACAAUCCUUUUGCAUUUGCAGCUCCAAUAUCCCCUCCAGACCUAUCCACAUGCGGUCCACCAGACCUACCUGGAGGUGUAAAACCCACAAAUUGCUGCCCUCCAUCUUCCAAAAUCAUUGAUUUCCAGUUCCCUCCCUCUAACCAACCCUUGAGGGUGAGACCAGCCGCACAUUUGGUCAGUGAUGACUAUCUAUCCAAAUACAGAAAAGCCCUUGAUCUCAUGAAAAAACUCCCAUCUAACGACCCACGUAAUUUCAGACAACAAGCCAACGUUCACUGUGCUUAUUGUGAUGGUGCAUAUCACCAAGUUGGGUUCCCUGACCUUGAUCUCCAAGUGCACAACUCUUGGCUCUUCUUCCCCUUCCAUCGAUGGUAUCUCUAUUUCUAUGAAAGGAUCUUGGGGAGCUUGAUCAAUGACCCAACCUUUGCCCUUCCGUUUUGGAACUGGGAUACUCCCAAGGGCAUGCAACUGCCUUCCAUUUAUGCAGACCCUAAAUCACCUCUUUAUGACCCUCUUCGCAAUGCUAAUCAUCAACCACCAACACUCGUAGACCUUGACUUCGACCUUGAUGAUCCUAAUGCCGAUGGAAAUAUCUCCUCCAACCUAACCAUAAUGUACAGGCAAGUUGUGUCUAACGGGAAAACUCCUAAAUUGUUCCUUGGAAAUCCUUAUCGUGCUGGGGAUGAACCUGACCCAGGUGGUGGAUCCGUGGAGAACGUUCCCCAUGGCCCUGUUCAUCUAUGGACCGGUGAUAUCAACCAGCCCAACAUUGAGGACAUGGGGACUUUCUAUUCUGCUGCAAGAGACCCCAUUUUCUAUUCUCACCAUUCCAAUAUUGAUAGGAUGUGGUCCAUAUGGAAAACACUUGGUGGGAAAAGAAGGGAUUUCACUGACUCGGAUUGGUUAGAAUCUGGGUUUCUCUUCUACGAUGAGAAUAAGAACCUUGUUCGUGUGAAGGUCAAGGAUUGCCUUGACACCAGAAAACUAGGGUAUGUUUACCAAGAUGUUGACAUUCCAUGGUUAAAAUCUAAGCCCACACCGCGUAAUGUUAGAGCUCGGAAGGUAGCACUAGCACAAAAUUUUGGUGUUGGUGCAGCACAUGCUGCUGAGACUUCAAGGAAUGUGAAAUUCCCACUGGUGUUGGAUUCAGUUGUGAGCACAACGGUUGAAAGGCCAAACAAGUCGAGGAGCAAGAAGGCGAAGGAAGAGGAGGAAGAGGUUUUGGUGAUUGACGGGAUUGAGUUUGACAGAAACACACCAGUGAAAUUUGAUGUGUUUAUUAAUGACGAAGAUGUUAAGCAGAUCCGAGCAGAUAAUACGGAAUUUGCAGGAAGCUUUGUGAGUGUGCCUCAUACGCAUAUGCACAAAAAUAAGAAUAUCAUUACUUGUUUGAGGCUGGGACUUACGGAUUUGUUAGAAGAGUUGGAAGCGGAAGAUGAUGAUAGUGUUAGGGUGACUAUAGUUCCUAGGUAUGGGAAAGGACGUGUCAAGAUCAGAAACAUCAAAAUAGAGCUCAUUGCAGAUUGA